AGAGCAAAGAAAUAGACUUGCUAUUUUCUGAAUAAUUUUAGCAUUUUUGCUUUGAGUAAUCGAUGAAAAUGGCUUUGGCAAAGAGCUCAGUGGUGGUGGUGGCGGCCAUGGUGAUGGUUGCCCUAGUUUCAUCUGUUGCUGCGGUGCCUGGAAUUGCAACCUUCUACACUCCUCCUUAUACUCCUUCCUCGUGCUUUGGCUUCGAAGAUAGAGGCGUGAUAAUAGCUGCAGCGGGCGGUGGUAUAUGGGAUAACCGCGCGGCUUGUGGGAGAAGAUACAGGGUGAGCUGCACUGGUGGAACUAAUGAUGUUCCAAACCCUUGUAGGAGUGGCAGCGUCACUGUCACCAUCGUCGACUUUUGCCCGGGAUGUGCAAGCAGAGGGGUUACCAUGGACCUUUCUCAGGAAGUUUUUGCUAGGAUUGCUAAUCCUGAUGCCGGAAGGAUCCGAAUUGAUUAUACUCGGGUGUAAGGAGAGAUGAAAACAUACAACUAAAUAAGGAUGCAGCAAGACUCCAGACUCUUAAAUAAGGAGGCAUCAAGACUCCAAACUCUUAAUAGAUACAUGGAAAGGCAUCUCACCAGAGUUGCUUUAUAUGUAUAAUAUUUGUAUUUUAAAGGAUGUGUGACCUUUUUCCUUGAAUUUGGAUCAAUAAAAAAGUGGAGAUUAAGGAUGAUC